CAGCGGAGCUGCUCCUGAGAAGUCAGUUGGCGGCUCCAGGCUUCGUGGUCCCAGGCACCCAGCAUUGCAGUGAAGACCAGACACCCCUGAUUGCAGGAAUGUGCUCACUCCCCAUGGCAAGAUAUUACAUAAUCAGAGAUGCGGAUCAGAAGGCUCUAUACAUACGAGGUGACCAGCUUCUAGUGGGAGAUCCUGACACAGACAACUGCAGUGCAGAGAAGAUCUGCAUCCUUCCUAACAGAGGUCUGGACCGCACCAGGGUCCCUAUCUUCCUUGGAAUCCAGGGAGGGAGUCGCUGCCUAGCAUGUGUGGAGACACGAGAGGGCCCUUCCCUCCAGCUGCAGGAUGUGAACAUCGAGGAUCUGUACAAGGGAGGUGAGCAGGCGACCCGCUUCACCUUCUUCCAGAGCAGCCUGGGCUCUGCCUUCAGGCUUGAGGCUGCUGCCUACCCAGGCUGGUUCCUCUGUGGCCCAGAUGAGCCCCAGCAGCCUGUCCAGCUCUCCAAGGAGAGCGAACCCUCAGCCCGUACUCAGUUCUACUUCGAACAGAGUCGGUAG